GUCUCUAGGACAUCAGCGUUUCCUAGCGCUCGGGAGGAGCUGAUCUCCACGCGCAGGUGGCUGUGACUCAGGCCAGCUCGGCCCUAGGGCGCCGCUCGCCUGGCGGGGGAGGGCCGAGGUCCGCUCUCAGCGGGACCGAAGUCAGGAAAAAUGGGUGGACCCAGGCGGGCAGUGGAAGGUCGAGGGAGGAGCGGAAGGAGACGACGACGCGGGCGGGCGGUCCCCGACGCGGCCCCGACUUCCGCGGCCCGGCGUCUGGGGGCGGCCUGGUCACCAUGGCGGGCCUGGACCCCGGUCUGGCCAUCCCCGUGUGGCUGGCCGAGGACGACCUGGGCUGCAUCAUCUGUCAAGGGCUGCUCGCCUGGCCCGCCACGCUGCCCUGCGGCCACAGCUUCUGCCGCGACUGCCUGAAGGACCUGUGGGCCGCCGGCAGCCCCGGCCGCCGGCGCUCCUGCCCCACCUGCCGCGAGGGCGCCGCGCAGCCGCCGCAGCUGCGGAAGAACACGCUGCUGCAGGAGCUGGCCGACAAGUACAGCCGGGCGCUGCGCGAGCUGAGGGAGGCCCCCGGCGCCGCUCCCGCCCGGGGAGCCGCGCCCGAGCCCGCGCGCCCGCCCCCGCGCCGCGCCGCCCAGCUGCCGGCAGCGGCACAGAAGAGCAUCACAGAAGCUGGGCAUGAGCUGGAAGAGUUGGUGGAACAGCUUGUAGACCUUGUCAGGAGUCUUCAGAGUCAGACACACCUCCCGGAGCCUGGACCAGACAAUGAAGGGAGCACCCACAGCUUGCUCGUGACUCCCCACACACCCGAGAGAAAACUGAGAGACAUUCUGCAUGACUUAGAAGAAAUCCGGGAAAAAUUACGGGAAAACUUGACAUGGAAAGAGGCCCUUGAAGAACAACCACAGGUGGAACUCCAAGAAGGUCCAUCUUCCUCUGCAUGCCCGCUGCCUGACCACAGUCACCCUGCCCCCACGAGGACCUCCCGGUUUGCUCAGUGGGCCAUCAGUCCAACCUUUGACCUUCGGAGCCACUGCUGUAGUCUGGAGGUGUCUGAGGACUGCCGGGUGGUGACUGUAUCUCGCUGCCCGCAGACCCAUCUCUGGAGUCACGAGAGGUUUGUGACCUGCCAGGUCUUAUGUUCCCAGGCCUUUUCUUCAGGGCAGCAGUACUGGGAAGUAGACACUCAGCACUGCAACAACUGGGCAGUUGGGGUGGCCUCCUGGGGGAUGAGGCGCAACCAGACCCUGGGAAGGACCGAAGACUCCUGGUGUGUAGAGUGGAAGGGGACUGGCCAGCUCUCUGCAUGGCACAUGGUCAAGGAAACCAUCCUGGGCUCUGACAGACCUAAGGUGGUGGGCAUCUGGCUGGACCUGGAAGAGGGCAAACUUGCCUUCUAUUCGGUGGCCAAUCAGGAGACACUUCUGUACGAGUGCCCCGUCUCUGCCUCCUCCCCUCUGCACCCUGCCUUCUGGCUGUAUGGCUUAAAUCCUGGAAAUGCUCUGACUAUAAGGUCAGUAAAGGUGUAAAGGUUCCCUGGGUCUUAAAACAUGGUGAUCUCCCGGUUUCUCCCUCUGAUUUCAAGCAGCUGGCAACUUCCCAAAGAUCCCACUUCCAGAGUUAAUGGGUGAGCAGAAAAGGGCUAACUGUAGGCUUGGGACAUUGAAACUGCACAUUCCCCAGAAAGCGUUGACCCUUGACUGGCUCCUGGGAGGUAACCCCUAAGCCCUUGGGAUAUCCUUCUGAUAAGAGUGUCUGUUUACCUGAGGGCCUCGGGCCAGGAGCUAUCACCUUGACCUCUGGAGGGGCUGGAGACUCUGCCUGGGUGCCUGACCCCAGUAAAAGCCCUGGGCUCCAAGGCUGGGGUGAGCUUCCCUGGUUAGCAAUACCCUUUGUACAUUGCCACACACUGUCACUAACUGUCACUAGGAGAAUUAACCUUGUCCUUGUGACUCCGCAGGGAGAGGAUAGUUGAUCUCUUGGCUCCUGCCCUGUGUGCUGUGCCUUUUACUACUGCUGAUUUUAAUCUGUAUCCUUUCACUGUAAUAAAUUGUAACCAAGACUGCA